AUGUUCUCGAAAUAUAUCAGCCACAAAAACACUUGUGACAGAGUUGGGAUUUAUACCUCACCCAAGAAGUCAGUCACUGUCCCAACACAAAUUCUUGUGUUUCUUGGGUUUAUACUUAACUCAAUCAACAUGACAGUCUCCCCAACACAGGAGAAAAUAGACAAGACAGUGGCCGCUUGCAAACUAUUGUUAGCUAAAGCUGCAACUACAAUACAACAGGUUGGAGAAGUAAUUGGUCUAUUAGUCUCCAAUUUCCCUGGAGUGGAGUAUGGGCCUUUGCAUUAUCGAGAACUUGAAAUGGCUAAAUCUGCAGCAUUAACAUUAGCUUGUGGGGUCUAUGGCGCUAAAAUGACAUUAACUGAUAGGUGCGAGCAUGAAUUGAAAUGGUGGAUUACAAAUCUACCAAAUUCCACUCAUAAGAUUAUUCAUGGUAAACCAUUUGCUAUCAUUCAAUCUGAUGCUUCUACACAAGGAUGGGGGGCAGUCCGAGAGGGUACCUCUACAGGGGGUAGAUGGAGUACCAUUGAACAACAGGCACACAUCAAUGUGCUAGAACUCAAGGCAGCCUUUUUUGCCUUGAAAUCACUCUGUGUCAAUGACAGAGAUGGGCACAUUCAUUUGCAGCUUGAUAAUACAACUGCAGUUGCUUAUCUUAACAAAAUGGGGGGGACACAAUCUAGACCUCUCAACCAGUUAGCAGUUGAAAUCUGGCAGUGGUGCAUUGAAAGGAACAUUUGGAUCUCUGCAACUCAUAUAGCUGGCAAGGUUAAUGGUGAGGCAGAUAGAAUGUCUCAAGUAUUUCAUGAUAAGAAUGAGUGGAAGUUAAAUAAGCAAACAUUUCAAAACAUCUUAACAAAAUUUCCCAGCCUGGAAGUUGACUUGUUUGCAAGCCGAGUAAAUUUCCAACUUGCACAAUAUGUUGCAUGGCGACCAGAUCCUGGGUGUAUUGCAGUUGAUGCUUUUACAUUAAACUGGGAUACUAAGAUGUUUUAUGCCUUUCCACCAUUUAGUUUAGUUCCUCGUUGCUUGCAAAAGAUACUACAAGACCAAGCCUCAGGAGUACUAAUCGCUCCCUUUCCACAACUAUUACAGCUACUGUUCGAUCAACCAUGGAUCCUCGCACCAUCAACAAACCUCCUGCAGCAUCCAGUUCAGUUGAUAUCACAUCCACUAGCCAAAACCCUUCGCCUGAUGGUUUGUCCUGUCUCCGGAAUCGCUUCGCGGCAGAUGACCUUUCAGAAGAAGUUACAGAUAUCAUCAUGUCAUCUUGGAGAACAGGUACCAAGAAACAAUAUUCCACCUACAUCCAAAAGUGGUUGGACUUUUGUUGUCAAAGGACGAUUCCUUGUCAUUCACCAACAAUGA